GUCCCAGAGAGCGGGAGCGCACGGAGGGAGAGCCUAGCCCCAGAGCGGCAGCUUCAGGGCAGCCCGUCCAGCGGCGCACGCGCCCCCCGAAGCCCAGGUCCCCCAGCCCAGGCCUGGGGCUGCGGCCUCUCUCCUCUCUUCCCCCCCCCCGCCUCCUCCUCCUCCUCCUCCUCCUCCUCCUCCCCCUCAUCCCGCCAGCUGCUUGUCCGUGCGCCGUGGCCAUGUCCUCGGUGGCGCUGGAGAUCCUGGGGCUGGGGCUGUGCAUCGUGGGCUGGGUGGGCAUGAUCGUGGCGUGCGGGCUGCCCAUGUGGCAAGUGUCCGCCUUCCUGGACAGCAACAUCGUGACGGCGCAGACCAUCUGGCAGGGCCUGUGGAUGAACUGCGUGGUGCAGAGCACGGGCCAGAUGCAGUGCAAGGUGUACGACUCGGUGCUGGCGCUGAAGCCCGAGGUGCAGGCGGGCCGCGCGCUCACCGUGCUCGUGGCGCUGCUGGGGCUCGUGGCGCUCAUGGUGACCGUGGCCGGCGCGCAGUGCACCACGUGCGUGGCGCCCGGCAAGGCCAAGGCGCGGGUGGCGGCCGCCGGCGGCGCCCUCUACGUGCUCUGCGGCCUCCUGGCGCUGGUGCCCCUCUGCUGGUUCGUCAACAUCGUCAUCAGCGAGUUCAAGGACCCCACGGUGCCCGCGUCGCAGAAGCGGGAGAUGGGCUCGGCGCUCUACAUCGGCUGGGCGGCCACGGCGUUGCUGCUGCUCGGAGGCGGCCUCGUCUGCUGCGGCGCUUGCUCGGCCGCCGCCCGCGAGGAUCUCCCCUUCCCGGUCAAGUACUCGGCCCCGCGACGGCCCACGGCGAACGGGGACUACGACAAGAAGAACUACGUCUGAGCCGCGCGGAGGCCGGGGCAGCGCGAGGGACCGGCCCGGAGAGGCAGGGCGCUGGCUCACGGACCCGGACUGCGGCCCGGCGCCCGGCC